AUGGGAUCCAUAGAACACACUCGAUCCAUCCCAAAGCUCACGGCUAUAGAACAGAUCAGUCCCCGGGGCUAUGCGCGCUAUAUCUUCCCGUUCCAAAUAAGAGAGAACUGCAAUGUCGACGAAAUCUUCCAUGUCGUUCGACAGGGGUACGAUUUUCUCGCGAAACAGAUCCCAGAGACGGCGUGUGAGGUAGUUCCGGAUCUCGAUUCAUGGCAGAAGAACGUCAUGAAAUUACGCAUGCCGAAUGACGGCGAGUUUGACCUGGUCACAGCAAAGGAUCUGCGAGAGCCAGGUGCUUUCCCGUAUACAUUCGCAGAGCUCAAGGCCAAAAGCUUCCCUCCAUCCGCCUUCGAAGGAGACCUUCUCUGCCGUCGAGAAGUCUGGCCAACGCCCGAUGAAAGAAUACCCAUUUCACUUGCGCAGUGUAAUUUCAUUCCCGGCGGCCUUCUUUUAUCGUGGAAUGUCUUCCAUAUGAUCGGAGACGGCGGGUGCUUUUUCACAUGGGCUAAGGUCUGGGCUGAAGGAUGUCGGCGGGCGCAGGGUCUGAAUAUCGAUAACCCAGUCCACCUUCCCAACGCGCUCUGGGAUGAUCGCGAACAGGCUAUCAAUCCUCCCUCUCGCUACAAGGGCAGACUGGAGGAUCAUCCAGAAUACAUCCUCUUACCAUUCACGCCGACAGAAAUGCCGCCGAAGAUGCUGACAACGACCCACCGCGCUCAAAUCUUCUACUUUUCGCCCGAAUCGCUGGUCAAAUUGAAGAAGGAGGCUGAUCCGUCGAACGCGACCGAGCUUUCGGAUCAGAAAUGGAUUUCUACCAACGACGCCAUCUGCGCGCUGAUCUGGCGAGCCAUCAUGGCGGCGCAAUUCCCCCUGAAGAGUCCGGAAGAAGCCGGAGACGGUGAAAACAGUGGAGACAGUGAAGACAGUGAUCCCAUAACCAACUUUGGCAUCUAUAUGGAUGGUCGGUUACGAACGAACCCAAGGAUUCACCCCGAGGCCUUGGGCUGUUUCAUGACGUGCUGCGGAGCGACAGUUUCUCUCCGCAAAAUGCUCGGACAGCUCAAUAUUGCCGAUCUUUCCGUGCUCGUGCGCAAGGCUAUCGUCAGCACGGAGGGGCACUCUAUCUGCGAUGUCGCGGCGCUUGCGAAUAAUCAGGAACAUCCGACUCGACUUGCGCUGUCGGCGAAUCUGGAUCUUUCCGGGAAGAAUAUUUCGCUGUCGUCGUGGGUGAAUUUUGAUUUGUAUUCUUUGGAUUGGGGGGAGAUACUGGGGGGGGUAGGAUUGAGGCUGUGA